AUGUCGUCGGGCAGCGGUGACGAGGCGACGUCGCCGAGCCGCGCGAUUGUCACGAGCAUGAAGAUCUACCUGCCGAUUCUUGUCGUCAGCGUCGGCGCCUUGGAGCUGCUCCGGCGCCGGCACCCAGUCGCAUUUGCCUGCCGCCGGCGCGCCGGCCAUUUGGCAACGUCGCUGGCGAGCGAGUCGUUUGGGUUUCUCGAGUGGGUCGUGCCGGUGGCCAAGGUCUCGGACGACGCGAUCGUCGAGCUCUGCGGCCUUGACGCGCUCGUGCUGCUGCGCUUUCUGCGGCUCGGGCGCAAGCUCGCGACGUGCGGGAUCCUCCUCUCAAUCGUGCUGCUUCCCGUCUACGCCACCGCCGACUGGACAUCGUCGACUCUGGACCUCCUCGACCGCGAAGGCAUCACGGGUCUGAGACCCGGCGACCCGCGUCUCUGGGCGUCGCUCCUGAGCAUGUACGUGCUCUCUCUCUACACGAUGCACUUGCUCUUGGCCGAGUACAAGGCGUUUGUCCGCCGGCGCCACGCCUUCUUGAGCAAGCUGGAUGUGCAGCAGUACUCGGUGGUCAUCAACGACCUGCCGCGGACGCUCCGGACGCGCGAGGCGUUGACCAAGUACCUCAAGUAUCUCUUCCCGACGUCGCUGCAAGCCGUCGUGCUCUCCGUCGAGUGCGGCCACCUCGAAGGCCUCGUGGCGUCCCGCGACCACUUUCGCAUGAAGCUCGAGCACGCCCUCGCAGAGAGCGCGCGGAGCGGCGACCGGCCACUGCACAUUGUCAAGACGCGGGGCACGGCCGUCGACGCGAUCGAGUACUUUGAGCGCAAACUCAAGAGCCGCAACGACGUGAUUCCGAUUGAGAUUGAGACGAUCGAGGACAAGCAGCGCGUUUUGCACGCGGCCAUGACGGACGAGACGCUCAAUGACGCGGCGUGCGUCUCGGACCACCACUACGACGAGGAAGACGAGCGUCAUGACAAUGAUCUGCGGGAGAGCUUGAUCGAGUACCACGCCGAGUGGACGCAGCCGUCGCAGUCGAGUAAGCAGACGCGGUCGCUGCUCAAGAUCAUGCGGCACUCGGCCUUCGUGACGUUCUCGUCGCUGCAGAGCGCGCACAUUGCGCAGCAGCUGCUCCAGACCGAGACGCCGACGACAAUGCUCGUUGAAGCCGCGCCGGCGCCCGCCGACGUGGUCUGGGAGAACAUUGGCGUCUCGCGCAAGGUGCGCAGUACGUGGCAGUACGUGUCCGUGCUCCUGACGACGGCGAUCGUGGUGUUCUGGACGAUUCCAACGGCGGUCGUCGCGUCCUUUGCCAAGGUUGAGAACCUCCGGCAGGUCUGGCCGUCGCUCGACGACGCGUUCGCCGAGCACGGCUGGAUCCUCAGUGUCUUCCAGCAGCUCGCGCCGCUCGGGCUCGUGGCCAUGACGGCGAUUGCGCCGGUCGUCUUCUCGCUUCUCUCGCGCCGCGAAGGCCAUGCGUCCACGGCGUCGGUCGACGCGUCCAUCUUUGUCAAGCUCGGGUACUUUCAGUUCAUCCAGAUCUUCUUCGUCUCGGUCUUCUUUGGCUCGUUCCUGACGAUCGUCGACAACAUCCGCGCGAUCCUCGACAGUCCAUCGAGCAUCAUCAACCUCCUCGGACGCAGCAUUCCCGCCCAAGCCUCGUCGUUCAUGAGCUUCCUCAUCAUCAAGACCGGCCUCAGCCUCUCGCUCGAGCUCCUCCGCGUCGUCCCGUACCUUCUCUCGCGCGUCUACCUGGUCUGCGCGCCGCAGCUCACGAAGCGCGAGCGGUCCAUGCCAUGGUACGGCCUUCGCCCGCUCAAUGAGCCCGGCGAGCUGCAGUACUCGAUGCUCUUGCCCGACUACUACCAAGCUGUGCUGCUCACGUUGACCUUCUCGCCCAUGUCGCCGCUCAUGGCCUACUUUGGCGCGCUCUUCUUUGCGCUCAGCGACGUCGUCUACCGGCGCCAACUGCUCUUCGUGUACGACCCCAACGUGCACACGACGGGCGCGUACUGGCCGCAUUUGUACAGCUUUGUCAUCACCGCGCUCGUCGUAGCGCAAUGCACGCUCCUCGGCGUGCUCUCGCUCAAGCAGGCGCCGGGGCCGGCCACCGCGGCGCUCGUGCUGCCCGUGCUCACACUGCUCUUCCAUUUCCACGUCGCCGCCUUGUACCCGCGCACGGCAGCGAACCUCCCGCUUCUCGAGUGCUGCCGCCUCGAUGUGCUGCGAUCGCCGGGCGCGACGUUUCCACCGACGACGUAUGUGCAGCCGGCGCUACUGGCGCGGGCGCCGCUGCGGGCCGACUACGCCGAGCUCGGAUCCCAAGCGGAGGGACACGCGUCCGACAGCAGCAGCCUCGUCGGCCUCUACGCCGAGUUUAACCGCGACGAGGACAACAUGUAG